AUGGCUAAUAAUAGUCCUAGUAAAGUAAGAUUUUAGGUAUCAAAUCUAAUUUUUUUUUGUUCCAUCUGCUCCAAAAUUGCUCUUAGCAUCUCUCACAUGCUCUUUGCAGAAUUUAAUAUCCAACUUUCCCUUGGUUUAGCUAAAUCUCCCACAUUUUCUAUCAAUUUUUGACGGUUUGUUACCUAAAAUUUUUUAUUUUUUCUUUUUUUUCAGCGGCGUACAACCCGACAUCGGACCAGCAAUCAAAGCGUCAAGAGGGGUAGUCUGCAGUUGCUCCGCAAUUCGGAUCUGGAACGUCCGGCGGCCAGGGAACUCGUCCUCGGACCCGCAGAGACCAAGACCAAUCGAAAGUACGGAAAGCUGAAGACUGGCAAGGAAAAGCAUAAAGGUAAAUAAAAAUUUCGUGCCCGUUCUAUCGCAACUUUCAUUUGAGGCAUGGAAAUUUUCAAAUUUCCUGUUUUUUUUACAUUUAGGCAACUCAGGCCAAGAAUGAAUAGAAAGGGCUGCCCUUCAUUUGGGGCAGAUCGAGUAUUGGCCCAAUAUGUAUAGCUAUUGUUACAAAAUUCUUUGACCAGCCAAUGAGUUGAAAUCACAACUAAUUUUUCAAUGGCUAGCCAAAAGCUAAAUGGCCAAAGUGCCGGAAGGGCUUUGAAAUCUCGAAAUAAGCUAGCCAGAAGGUUGGAAUAGGUGUGAAAAAAUAGGCAUAAAAUUUUUUAAUGGCUUGCCAAAAACUUGGAUUGACUAGCCAAAGUGUCAUAAUGGCUUUGAAAUCUCGAAAAAAGCCAGCCAGAAGGGAGAUUUCAAAACCCUUCUGACACUUUGGCUAUCCGAUCCAGGGUUUUUGGCGAGCGAUUGAAAAAAUUUCUUGUUAUGCCUAUUUCUUGCACCUAUUCCAACCUUUUGGCUGGCUUAUUUCGAGAUUUCAAAGCCCUGCUGACACUUUGGCCAGCUAAUCCAGGUUUUUAGCUAGCCAUUGAAAAAAUUAGCUGUGAUUUCUUUCAACUCAUUGGCUGGCUGGCCAAAGAAUUUUGUAACAAUAGCUAUACGUAUUUGGCCAAUACCCAAUCUGCCCCAAAUGAAGGGAGUCUUUUCUAUUCAUUCUUGACUUGAGUUGCCUGAAAUGUCGGAGAAAACAAUUCGAAAUUUAAAUUCCCGCCAAAUUUGGCAUUGUGUUUAAAGAGGCGGAAAGUCGGCCAAGACGGUCGAAAAUGGUCCUGGUUUGCGUUUUAGCUAGUUUUACGGUUAAUCCAUUUGUCAUCACCGCUUUUCAUGUAAUUUGGAUGAGCUUUUCUGGAAAUUUUUAUAUUAUCCAUGACAUUUGUGCCUAGAAUUAUUUAUUUAUUUUUUUAUUUUUUUUUCAUAAUGUUUUUAGAACCCGGUCAGCACGGCAACGAAAAGGACCCCACUGUUGAUGAAGAUGACGUAAAGAAAGACGACAAGAAACUGAAAGAAAGGGAAGAGAAAAAAGAGAAGGAAAAGGAAGAGCAGAAGAAGGAAUUGAGAGGAAAAAAGGCGCCGCCUCAUUUGAAGAAUGGCACCAUGCUCAACAAUCGAAUUCGAAUUGAACGUCUGAUGGGUGGCGGCGGGUUUGGCCAGGUUUUCAAGGCCGUCGAUACGGUAGGUUACUGUAAUUUUUUGGAUUUGAAAAUUUUAGCAUCAUGACAACCGAGUGGUUGCGGUGAAAGUGGAGCCUUCGGACAAGGAGUCUGGCCGGAUGAUUCUGGAGCAGCAUGUUUUGAAUCAACUCCGUGGGACCAAACAUGCUCCGUUGUUGGUAGGUGAAGUGUAAUAUAGGUGGGAUAAAGCAAGUAUCUUGGCCCUCUGUAUGUUGAAAGACACUAUCAACUCAUUUUAGACCGGGCUAUAGUUGAAAAUUGAGAUUUUUUACUUUUUUGAGGAUUGGCGACAUUUUAUACGGUGAAAAGUUUUUUCUGCGAGAAUGACUUGUAACAACAAAUUUUGUUCGUUUUGAAAAAGGUGGCUUCGUAAUGAAGGAAUGGACCUUGUUGAUCAAUAUUAUUGCUCUAGAGGACAAGUUAUACGAAAAAAUGUAUUUUGAAAAUUUCUUGAAAUUUUCCAACAAAAAAUCAAAAAAAAAUCGGAAAUGUAACACAACAAUUAAUCUCGCUUGCAGUCUUUUGUCUCACCACGAAAAUGGAAAGGAGUUUGGCAUUCUGCAAAAUAAAAGAAUUUCCAAAGAAUAUUUUUUUUAUAAAAACCAUUUUCUCGCCUUCCAAGUCCCGUUUCCUAGCCAAAAGUUCCUUUAGACGUCGGCAAGUUGCCAAAUGACAUGGGUAUGAACCAUCAAAGUCUAAAUUAUUACAUAAAGACACUAUAAUUGAUAAAAUAUAUAAAUCUUCAUGACUUUUUUAUAUUUAUUUUUCCCAUUUGCAGAAUGCCAAAAAGUGCCAAAAAGCCGGGAACUGAUUUUUGUUAUGGGGAAAGAUUGAUGUUUAACUCCUCAGCCGAGUAGUAAAUGUGCCGCGAUUUUUUGCAUACUGUUUGAUAAGAAUGUGUCAAUGUUGACUUCCAAGUUUCAUGCGAUUUUUCGUUAUUAUAAGUCGGCUAGACCACGGGAAAGAUUGCAAUUGUUGAAUACUUAAGGUGGCUAUAUCUUGCAAACGGUAAAAACUGCAAAAAUUAUUUUAGGUGGUGCAGAUAGAGUUCUAUUCCCUCCUUCUUAUUUACUAUUCACCCAAUCACCCGAUGUCCUCAAAAGUGAGGGGCGAUAAUAUUUGUUGGACCGUGUUUUUGUAACGAAGUGUUCAAAAAUUUCAAUCAAUAAUUGAGACGAUUAGCUAAAAAAGCGCUUUUCAAUUGGGAUUAAUUGUUGUGUAAUAGAUUGGAUAAGAGAGGUCUAAUUUUCAAUGUGUGAUUAGUUUGAGGAGACGUUUUAUACGAUAAAUAUUGUUUUUUAAAAAUUUUUUGAAAUUUUUUCGAAAAAAAUCUGGAUGUAAAACAUUGUUUUAUACCCCACAACGACGCUAGCUGAUGUUUUAUAAAAGGUAAAAUUAUAUUAGGCGACAGUUUAUACGAUAAAAAUGUUUUUUUUGAAAUUUUUUUCUCAAUUUUUGAUGAUUUCAAGCUAAAAAGAUUUGCUUUUUCACCAGCUCCAUGCCGUUUCCAGAUUGCUAGUGGCUCCAUCGACAAUUUCCUCUACAUUGUGAUGGAGUAUUUGGGCCGCAACUUGAACGAUUUGCGUCGCCGCCAACCGAAACGCCGCUUCUCUCCGGCGACCGUACUCCGGGUCUGCGGUCAGAUGCUGAGUGCGCUGAAGGCGGUCCAUCAUAUCGGCUAUUUGCAUCGCGAUGUGAAGCCGUCGAACAUGUGCGUGGGAUACGGCGACGAGCAGAGCCGACGGAACGUUUUUUUGGUCGAUUUCGGGAUGACCCGCAAAUUUUUGACGGACCAUGGCGAGAGAAGAAAAGAACGGCAAUAUGCCGGAUUUAGAGGAACAAUGAGGUAUUUUAUAGGGCGUAGAUUGAAAUUCAGAAGUUUUAGAGACCAAAAAUGAUCGUUUGAAAAAAAUUUUUAGUUAUCACAAGGUAUAAAACCGGAAAAUUUUCGAUUUUUGACAUAUCAAUGUCGCAGAAACUCAAAUAAAAACUUCUUAAGGUUCCCAAAUUUCGUUCUAAUUACCUUGCGAUUGAAAUUUAGAUCCUUUGGAGACCAAAUGUAAUGUUUUAAAAAGAGUUGUUGGCCAAGUCUGGUCGAUAAAAUGGUCGGAAAAAGUUGGCUUAGAAUUUGGAUGAAACUUGGAACAACUUUAGAUUGCAGCUUUAUAUAGUGGCGGUCUGAUCCAGAGGCAAAAAAACGUACCAUUUUGUAUCCUGGAAGUAUCAAAAAUGCAGCGAAAUACCUCCUUCUCCAAGGGAAAAGACUCAGGCUUCAAAAGCGCGCUAUUUGUUUAAAAAAAAGCUUUUGAAGUCUGAGUUUUUUCACUUGGGGAAGGAGGUAUUUUGCUGCAUUUUUGAUACUUCCAGGAUGCAAAAUGGUACGUUUUUUGUCACCGGAUCAGGUCCGGCACUGUAUAAAGAUGUAAUCUAAAGUUGUGCCAAGUUUUAUCCAAAUCUAAGCCAACUUUUUUUCGACCAUUUUCUCGACCAGACUUGGCCAACAACUCUUUUUAAAACAUUAUUUUUGGUCUCUAAAAGCCCGGAAUUUCAAUCGCAAGGUUAUUAGAUCGAAAUUUGGGGACCUUUAGAGGUUUUUAUUUUAGUUUCUGCGAAUUUUAGAUGUCAAAAAUCGAAAAUUUCCGGUUUUAGAGUUUUUGAUGACUAAAAUUUUUAAAUUUUAGAUACGUCAGUAUUACUGUCCACGAACGUCGAGAACAGGGUCCAGCGGAUGAUAUGUGGUCUCUGCUCUACUCUAUGAUCGAAAUUGGCGAAGGCGCGUUGCCCUGGCGACACAUCGAGGACGACGAAGACAUGGCCUUGAAGAAGAAGAAGACUCCGAUUGCCGAAAUGAUUAUGUAAGCGUAAUUUUGAAUUUUGUUUGCUUUAUUUUUUUUAUUUUUUUUUGCAAUUCUAUGGGAAAAAUCAAAAAAAAAACGUUUUCAGGCACUUGCCAAAGGAUUUCAAAGUCAUGGCGGAUUAUUUGUCCACCCUGACCUACGACUCCUCUCCGAAUUACGACUUUUUGAUCGGCGUUUGCAAGAAAGCCCUGGGUCCCGAGAUCACCGAAGAAAGCCCGUACGACUGGGAGAGUCAGUUUGUGAACAGCCAAAGUCUCGAAAUGGACUCGGAGUAG